CAAAAUCCUGUCGAUAGCAAAAGCAAACCCUGAAAAGUUUUGCAAUAGUUUGCAAUUAGCAAAACUGUUCAAUUUCAACCACGAAUUGCGAAGAAAGCAAUAAUGUCGGCCGUUAAAAUCUUUUCCCUGGCAAAGCAGAGCAGCCGAUUGAUUCGCCCGUCUUCGUUUUCGGCUGCCGCCAGGUGCUACAGUUCGCAGCCAAAGCCUGCUGCAAUUAAACCAGAAGAGUACUAUUAUGUGAACAAUAAGGAACAGAGCAUGGAUAUGAACGACAUUACCGAUCGGGCGGCACAAACGAUCUUCUGGACCGAACUGUUUCGUGGCGCUGCUGUUACCCUUGGGCACAUCUUCAAGGAACCGGCAACCAUCAAUUAUCCGUUCGAAAAGGGUCCUCUGAGCCCGCGUUUCCGCGGUGAGCAUGCCCUUCGUCGCUAUCCGAGCGGAGAGGAACGUUGCAUUGCGUGCAAACUGUGCGAAGCCAUCUGUCCGGCCCAGGCGAUCACCAUCGAGGCGGAGGAACGUGCUGAUGGUAGCCGACGUACGACUCGUUACGAUAUUGACAUGACCAAGUGCAUAUACUGUGGCUUCUGUCAGGAAGCUUGCCCGGUCGAUGCCAUCGUCGAAGGACCGAACUUUGAAUUCUCGACCGAAACCCACGAGGAGCUGUUGUACAACAAGGAAAAGCUGUUAAGCAAUGGUGAUAAAUGGGAAUCGGAAAUCGCCACCAACAUCAACGCUGAUUACUUGUACCGCUAAAAAGGGAGCGCGCGCAAUACUUUGGGCAGUCCAGACCCGUGGAUAGCAAAUAUGUAUCAUAACAAUUACCACUGAAAAAUAAAGCUUUGAAG